CAUUUAGCACGCGGCGGUGGGUCGACUAAACCACCCUAUUACCAAAUCCCGAUAGCUACGCCGUUGAUACGCAGAACAGAAAGACCUCAAUCGCAAGCUAUAAAGCUGGUCUCCCCAACAUCGCUUUCACCAUCCAGCCAUUGCAGCCAAAAAAGUGCACUCAACCACCAUCGCACACAUAAUGCAGCUCCUUCAAUCCGUUUCCACGGGCCUGCUGCUCGCCAGCAGCUGCCUGUCCUCCCUUGCUGCGGCUCGCUCCGUCCCCGCGGCCAAGAACAUCGCCGCGCGCCAGUCCACUGACAAGAUCGCUCCCAAGGUCUUCAUUGUGUCCAUGUUCGAACCCGAAGCCGCCAUCUGGUGGGGUAUUCCCGAGUUCAACGUGCUGGAGCACAACAUCACCAUCCCGGGAGCUUCUCCCCUCUUCCCGGACGUGCACUGCACGGCCGACCACAACAUUUGCCAGCUGGUCACCGGUGAAGCCGAGAUCAACGCGGCCGUGACCGUCUCCUCCAUCAUCUUCAACCCCACUUUCGACCUGACCAACACCUACUUCCUGAUCGCCGGUAUCGCCGGUGUCAACCCCGAGCAGACCACCAUCUGCAGUGUGACUCUGGCCCGCUACGCCGUCCAAGUCGCUCUGCAGUACGAGAUCGACAUCCGCGAAAUGCCCGCCAACGCCACCACCGGCUACUUCCCCCAGGGCGCCUACUACCCCUGGCAAUACCCCGGCAGCAUCUACGGCACCGAGGUCUUCGAAGUCAACGACAACCUGCGCCAGAUCGCCGCCGCUUUCGCCAGCAAGGCCACCCUCGCGGACUCCGACGCCGCUAAGGCCUACCGCGCUAACUACAACACCUCCGACGGCAUCUACGCUGCCGGUGCCUCCGCCCCCUCCGUCGUCCAGUGCGAUGUCGCUACCAGCGACGUCUACUACUCCGGUAACAUCCUCGGCGAUACCUUCGCCAACACUACUAAGGUCCUGACCAACGGUACCGGUAACUACUGCGCCUCCGCCCAGGAGGACAACGCCACCCUCGAGGCCAUGGUUCGUGCUGCUAAGGCUAAGCUCGUCGACUUCUCUCGUAUCAUCGUCAUGCGUACCGCCUCGGACUUCGACCGUCCCUACCCUGGCGAGUCGGCCCGCGAGAACCUCCUCUACGCUUCUACCGGUGCCUACGAGCCCUCUGUCGAGAACAUCUACAACGCCGGUGUCAAGAUCAUCGAGGGUAUCAUUAGCCAGUGGAACGCCACGUUCGCUGCCGGUAUCACCCCCAGCAAUUACGUCGGUGAUAUCUUCGGAACCCUCGGUGGAUCCCCGGACUUUGGUCCCUACGGUGAUGCCGCUGAGGCCGGUGUUUCCCUCAAGCGCAGUGUGCCCCGUCGUCGCAGCCUCCGGGGAUACUAAACCAUCUCUAGAGAGAAGGAAGAUCUUGUAUGGGUAUGAUGCAAAAUGAGCAUGAGUAUGUGAACGAACUUAAUUAAUAUCUAGCUAGCUGGUUAGUUAGUAGUAGUUGAAUCAGUCAGUCAAUUGGCAUAAUAACGUAACUAUUCC